ACCCAGGAAGAAGAUCAGAAGGCUGUGCGUGAUGACGUCUGACGCACACAUCGGGAUUUCGCACUCUUUCGCUACAUGUGUGAUUUUAACAGUUUUCACUCAUCGAUCUGCUUCGUGUUGAGGAUUCUGCAGCUUCAGCGCGAGCAUCUAAGUUUAUGUCAAUAUUGUAAAUACAUGAAUGUUUCACAUCCGGGUCACACGAGCUGGGAUUCACACUGAAGACGCCGCUGCAGUGUUAAACACCAGGAUCCAACCACAGACUGAAAAUAAAGAGGAUCCAACCACAGACUGAAAAUAAAGAGGAUCCAACCACAGACUGAAAAUAAAGAGGAUCCAACCACAGACUGAACUGGGUGUGAGUUCAUAACAAUGACCAAAAUUGAGCGUCUGAAUGUCCGAGUGGAGAAGCUGCUGUGUAGCGCGGUGCAGGAGGUUCUGGAGGUGGUGAGAGAGACGGUGUGGGAGUACCAGGAGAAAACUGCCAGGACCCAGAGGGAGAACCAGAGUCUGAGGAGGAGGCUGCAGGAGCUCCAACACAAAAUCGACCUGGAGAGCGGUGGGACUGUGCCGCAAAUUCCAAACGCAACCCAGCAGGCGGAGGUGGAACAGAGAGAGAACGAGGAUCUGGUCGAUGACGCUGAACCUGCUUAUAAGGACGUUUCAGAUUCAUUUGCAGACACUGACUGUGAAGCAUCCCUCACUACUCCUUGCCUCUCCCCUAAAGAUACGACAGAAUCACAUUUGCACGAUGAUAACUUGAGCAAUACCAGAACUCUCAAAAUUGAGAAUGAUGACAGGUUAUCAUCACCAACUACAAAUCCCAUAGAACCCACUGCUACAAUUACAAUCAAGGAAAAUGUCUCUGUUUUAUCCCUUACAUCAAAUCAAAUGAAAGAGGAGCCCAUGUUGGAAGAAGAGGCCGUGCACACAAACAUUAAUCAUGUCUAUGAUGAUGCCGCGACCAGCUCGACACUCUUACACCGAUUUGAACCCCCUCAACCCAAUUCAGGACUCUACAACGUGUCGGGGUUCAUCUUCAGUCGGGGCCAAGAGCCUCAAUCUCCAAUAUACAGUCACACAAACAUUGUUGGUGCAGACUCUGGCUCUUCGGACUCGGCAUCCUUCCAGAGAAACGUCAGAAAAAACUACUGCUGCUCGCUGUGCGGCCGCACCUUCGGACACGCGGGCGACUACAAGAAACACAGCAGGGUGCACACAGGGGAGAAGCCGUACUGCUGCUCGGUGUGUGGGAAGAGCUUCAGUCAGUCGGGCUACCUGACGGUGCACCUGCGCUACCACACGGGAGAGAAGCCGUUUGGCUGCAGCCACUGCGGCAAAAGAUUCAGCCACUCGAGUAACCUGAAGAAACACCAACAAACGCACCUGUGAGGGUGCUGUGUUUUUACAAAGCUACUGAGCCACGUCGUUCUGCUGUGAUAUCCUGAUGUUUUACUUACGUUUUUUAAUCUACUGUAGAAAGUUAAUAAACUGUAAAAUGCUGGCUUCUCUAUGAGCAAAAACUGGAGCUACUGGACUUUGUAUUUGUUUGUUGGUUUAAUUGUACACGAAAACUUCUAAACUGAUAUCCACUGAACUUUGUGGUAGGAUGGGAGAAGCCAUUACAUUUUGAUGCAAAUACAAAUUAGGUGGAAGAUCCAGGGAUUCUUCUCUUGAACUGUGUUUAAUGACAAGUAGUUCAUGUAGGUUAACAGACCACUUCCUAUUUCUUUUAUAUUUCUUUUGCAGAGUUUGACAAUCGUAUAUGAUUGUUUGACUUUUAACGUACCACACUGUGUUUUAGAUUUAAUUUGCUAAGACUUUAUUAACUUAUUGACUUGAUUUGGUUGUUUCUUGUAUCAUUUGCCUUAUGUCAUUUUAAAACACAAGUUAAUAUGAGGUUAUUAGAUGUAAUAACUAUGUUACUGUUGUCAAAUGAACAAAGUCAGAUCAUCAGAAAUGUUAAACAGAAAUGUUGACUUCAAAUUUACAAACGCCUUAAACUCGGACUUUUAUUGUGAAAAUAAAUUCCCUUCUCAAGAUAAUCCA